AUGCCAUUGGACAAUGAACAAUUCCGUUUACAGUCCACCAACAGAAGCCCGGAUGCGCGAUUGGAUAUCAAAGCUGGCGAGUUUUGGGCAAGAGGAGUUACAUCAUUUUUUGACGUCCGUGUAUCGCAUGUAAACUCCCAAUGUCAUCAAAACAAAGCCACAUCUGAUAUCUUUAAGGAACAAGAAGCCGAGAAGAAAAGAAAGUACCAACAGAGAAUCUUAGACGUGGAAAUGGGAACAUUUAUGCCUUUAGUCUUUGGAACGAAUGGAGGAGUUGGAGACGAAUGCCAGAAAUUCUUAAAGCAUCUUGCCGAGAAAUUGUCGAGGAAAAACGGAGAAGAUUACGCAACAGUUAUUACCUGGAUCAGAACAAGAUUGUCUUUCGAAAUAUUGAAAUCAGUGCAUUUGUGCACGAGAGGAUCUAGAUCGCCAUUUCGUGCGAAAGAUGAACAUAUAGACGAGUUCAAAUUAAACUCUGUUACAGCAGAGGUUUUUUAA